UGGGGAUUUGCACGAACAUACUGCAGGUCAGCUGAGGCUUGUCUGUCGGGAGCAGGAAGAUGACGGAGCGCGAAGGCGGCGUGCCGGCGGCGGGGGAGAGGCGGUACAAAGGGGUGCGGCUGCGGAAAUGGGGGCGGUGGGUGUCGGAGAUCCGGCUGCCCAACAGCCGCAAGCGGAUAUGGCUCGGGUCAUACGACUCACCCGAGAAGGCGGCCCGGGCCUUCGACGCCGCCGCCGCGUGCCUCCGCGGCCGCCUCACGCGGCUCAACUUCCCCGAGACGCCCCCGCCCCGGACGGCCCAGCGGCUCACACACCAGCAGAUCCAGGCCGCCGCCGCCCGCCACGCGGCCUCCGCGUCCACGCCGCCGCAGCUGUGGCAUCCCCGCGCCGCGAGCUCCCCGUCGGAGGAUGCCUCGGACGGGUUCACGGCCGGGAGCGAGGACACGCUCGACUGGUCGUUCAUGGACUCGCAGGAGGCGGCAGCGGCGCUGGCGGGAGCCGGAGAGUUCCCGGACUUGAUGGACGACUUCAUGUGCGACUUCUUCUCGCCGGUGCAGAUGACGGCGCCACUGGCGGAAGUGGUGGAGGAUCAGUGCGCCAUAGAUUUGGGUUCGAAUUCUUUUCUGUGGAGCUUCUGAAAGAAUAUAAACAGCGACACAAAGAAUCAACAACGGUUCA